CACAGAGAGAGACUCCGACUCCUCCUCCAGAAAGCAACAGUUCGAAGGAAAGUCUGCCUCCCCCCCCUCCUCAUUUCCUCCCACUCCGGAAGGGAGCCCAUCCGAAUCGGGGCAGAUUUUGCGCUUUGAGACAGCGGAGAAACUUCCUUCUGUCGCCCCCUCCCCAAUUUCUUUUCUCUCUCCUCUUUCUCUGUCUCUCUCCUUUUUUUUGCAAGCGGACGGGAUCUCCCCCCUCCUCGUUUUUCCCCCUGCCUCCUCCUCCUCCUCCUCCUCUUCUGCCACCCCCACUCCCACCCCAGGGUUAUUUUUUUUCCCCCUCUCCCAUAGCUUUGGCGUGCUCGGUGGGUGGAGAAGCAAAAGGCAGAGGCUUCCCGCAACAAUUCGGGUUUUUUGUUUGUUUGUUUUGCUUUUAAUUGUUUUUAAAGCCAGAACUGUUGCAAAAGAAGGCAAGAGAGAGAGAGAGAGAAGGGGGGGGGGUUUCUCCUCUUUCUUCCACUCCCCACUCCCACGCCCACCCGCAAUGCACGGGAGGUCCGGGCUGGCCCGGCCAAGCGAGCGAGCUUUUUCGGGCUGCUGCCUCUUCCUUCGCGGCUCCUGGGUUUGUCGGCUUCGGAUCGCGCCGCUCCGACCGUCUUAAUUCGGAGCCUGGGCUCUAGGUGGCCCUCCCCCUUUUGAGGGGAGCCCGCGGGACCCCUCCCCUUUCGACCCCCCCCUUCCUCCUCCUCCUCUUCUUUUCCCUGGCUCUUUUCAAGCGCUCCGUCCCCAAAGCGAAGAUGCCCGGCUUUGACUUAGCGCGGAGGGCAGCUCUUUGCCGCUGACCGCCCCCUCCCCACCUCCAAUCCAUCCAAGCCCCGUUGGCUUUCCCUCCCCCCCCCCACUCAUUCUCAAAUAACAGAGGAGGGGGCGGAGAAAGCUUGGGGGGCGAGGCUGGCGACUUUGGCAAACUUGCGCCUUUUCUGCGGGCUGGCAGGAGCAUGGCCGCGCAGCUGACUCCCGAGGAGGAGCAGGCCACCAAGCAGUUCCUGGAAGAGAUCAACAAAUGGACCAUUCAGUACAAUGUCUCCCCUCUUUCCUGGAACAUGGCCGUCAAGUUCCUCAUGGCCAGGAAAUUCGACGUCCUCCGAGCGAUUGAACUCUUCCACUCCUACAGGGAAACGAGGUUCAAGGAAGGAAUCGUGAAGCUCAAACCUCACGAGGAGCCGUUGAGGUCAGAACUCCUGAGUGGAAAAUUCACCAUCCUGAGUGUGAGGGAUCCGUCCGGAGCCUCCAUUGCUCUCUUCACCGCUAAGUUGCACCAUCCCAAUAAAAGUGUCCAACAUGUGGUACUCCAGGCCCUCUUCUACCUCCUGGACAGGGCAGUGGAAAGCUUUGAAACUCAGCGGAAUGGCCUGGUGUUUAUCUACGACAUGGCGGACUCUCACUAUUCCAACUUUGAGCUGGAUCUCAGCAAAAAGAUCUUAAACUUGUUGAAGGGAGCCUUUCCAGCGCGCCUGAAAAAGGUCUUCAUCGUAGGAGCCCCGAUGUGGUUUCGAGUUCCUUAUUCCAUCAUCAGCUUGUUGCUUAAAGAGAAAUUACGAGAAAGGGUCCAGAUGGUGAAAAUGUCAGAGCUCAGGCAGCACCUGCCCCACGAGUGCCUCCCCGAGUACUUGGGAGGGUCUCUCAAGCUGGACCCCCUCAGCUGGAACUGCAGGUUCCUCCCGCAGCAAAACGGGCACCCGGAUCCCCUGGACGAGCUGAUCCUGGUCCCUCUGGCUCCCCCGCGGGACAACGGUUCCGUGCACGUCCCCGGGCCCAAGUCCAUGACCCUGCCGGAACUCCUGGAGCACGUCAACCAGAAGCAGAAGCGAGGAAUUUAUGAGGAAUACGAAGGCAUUCGGCACCGAAGCCCUACGGGCACUUUUGGCUGUUCUCUGGCUCCUUUGAACCAGGAGAAAAACCGAUACGGGGACGUUCCCUGCCUUGAUCAAACCAGGGUGAAGUUGUCCAAACAGUUCAACUAUCAGGAGAUGACCGACUACAUCAAUGCGAGUUUCAUGGACGGGUACAAGCAAAGGAAUGCUUAUAUCGGCACUCAAGGGCCAUUAGAAAACACAUACAAUGACUUCUGGCGGAUGGUGUGGGAGCAGAACGUGCUGGUGAUUGUGAUGACCACAAGGAUUGAAGAAGGAGGCAAAAGGAAAUGCGGUCAAUACUGGCCCCUGGAGAAGGACUUCCAGAUCGGCUAUGGAACCUUAACGGUUACCAACCUUGGAACAGAGAACCUCAACCAUUACAAGAAGACACUGCUAGAGAUGUUCAGCUGUGAGAACCGCGAGAGACGCCGUGUGACCCAUUUCCAGUACGUGAGCUGGCCCGACUACGGGGUCCCUUCCUCGGCAGCGACACUCAUUGACUUCCUGGGAGCCGUCAAGCAGCAGCAGAGGGUGGCCGUCAGUGCCUUGGGACCACGCUACAAAGGUCACCCAGGCGGGCCACCCAUUGUGGUACAUUGCAGUGCCGGUAUCGGAAGGACAGGUACUUUCUGCGCACUGGAUAUUUGUCUGUCGCAACUACAAGAGGUGGGGACCCUCAACAUUUACCAGACGGUGGUGAGGAUGAGGUCCCAGCGGGCCUUCAGCAUCCAGACCCCUGAGCAGUAUUACUUCUGCUACCUGGCCAUCCUUGAGCACGCCUACAGAGAAAAUCUCCUCCCCAUCUCCCAUCCCAGGAAGGGUCCCGAGAAGAGCUAAUCCGAAGGUCUAGAUUAGGUUUGGAAGCUCACCAUGUCCUCAGGUUCAGGAGGAUCUACUAUGCUGUCAGAUUCCUUCCUUCCUUCCUUCCUUCCUUCCUUCCUUCCUUCCUUCCUUCCUUCCUUCCUUCUUCUCACCUUCCUUCUUUCUCAUGUUCCUCCUUUACUUUUUUCUCAUCUUCUUUCCUUCUUUUCAUCUUUCUUCCUUUCUCAUCUUCCUUCCUUCUUUCUCUCCCUCCUUUCCUCCUGCUCAACAACUAGGUUUGGUCGGAGCUUUCAGCUGGACCUGGCCGGUGGCAAGCCCAUUCUCCACCCCCCAAGUCUGGAGGACAUUUUUCCUGGACCGCUCAGCCACGAUGAGCCACGACCAGUAGCCACGGACAAGGAAUCCCUUGAACCCACUGCCUUGACUGACCCGUGCCUUAUUGAGAAAAUAUAUAUAUAUACUAGUAACGAACGAAGCAGACCUACGGGCUGCGUGAACCGAGUCCAUGAACUGAAGGUCUCGGCUCUUCUCCAUGGGCCUGUCCUACAAGAGGCUGCCUCGGAAGAACAACCCAACGCUUCAGUCUUAAUGCCCGUUAGGCCUGCCUGUGUUUUGUCCAUGUGUCCAUGCAACGUCCUUCCCUUGCCCGGGAUCGAACCAUGAUUCCCAUUUACAUAGGUGUAGCUGCUUCUAGCCAAGAUUCAGCGUAACCUCAUUCCGAGGGGCAACCUUCCACGCUACUGCCAAAGUUAAUGGCGCUUUCUGUCUCCCUCCCAUCACCCAUCUCUGCCCCCUCCUUGGUUCAACUGUGCCCACUGACCCAAGCUUUCUCCCGCGCCCUUGAACGAGGGCACAGAUGCCUACAAGGCUGGCAUGACUGCAGGAGGUGGGAGGGGCAAACCCCAACUGCUGUGGAGAAGGCAAGUUAGGAUUACAUGUUCAUCCAUCAGUGGCCCUUUUUGGAGGGGCUUAUCCAUGGGGAGGGGGUGUCUCUGCAGCCCGCAGGGAAGGCAGGAGUGGGGGGAGGGAAUAGCUUGUGUGUUUGUCCCUAGCGGGAAACGCUUAAGUGGCUGGUACGAAUAGGGGACCAGAAGAAGGGCCCGAAUUAGAAGGGCCCCAUGGAUUGGGGGCCACAGGCAGAGAGAGGCAGGGCUUUAAGCUGGAACCAUUCCCUUCCACGGAGGCUCUUCUUCCAGAUGAAGCUGGGGAAGGGGGGGAAAAAUACUUUUAAGGCAUCAAGUGACAGAGAAGGUUGUAUGAAUGUGGGGCACCCAGUAAUCUCCCUUGUAGCAUGUGGGGCCCCAUAGCAGCAAGAUAUAGCAUGGGUCUCGUAUUCCGGAGCCCCGGUGUCUCCCACCCCACCCCCCCUCUCUCUGCUAGCAGAGGAAAAGUGGCCACGUCGAGCCACGCAAGUAACUUUAUACUGGAACCAGAUCUUUAGAACGUGUAUAUUUCUUAUUUUUUAUUUUUUACAACCCCCUUCUCUUCCCUUCCCCCGACCCCCUUUUUUUCGGUUUUUAUAUUUAAUCUUAACUUGCGCAUGUCCAAGUUGGAAAUAAUUGUAAAUGGUCGCUGCUUCACAGCGAAUGAUGGGCUCUUUUGGGGGUGGGCGGGUUGUUUUAUCACCAUUAAAUAUGCCUACAACCCACAA